CUCUAGGGAGGCUAGCGAUUGGUUCGUGUUUACCUCGCGCGUGCACAUUACGUGCCGCUGACAUACCGUAUAAAUAUGCAGGAACGAUUAUUUUUUCGGCAACGCGUGAGUUCAUCUCUAGCUCGCUCAUCGCGGAACAACUGGGAGUGAAGUGAAGUCCUCCUUUCAGGCCUUUCCCUUUACCUAGUUCUUUUCCCCUCCCACCCCGGUGUUGUUGUUUUUAAUACAGUCGUCACCCCCUCCCACCUUGUUUCACGUGACUGACCGUUUGUCAUGUCUGAACGACCGGAAGUUCCAGUGGGCUACUUGGGCAGCCAGCCGAAGUUCGCCGAGCUGAACCUGCAGACCAUCACCCACGAUAGUCCGGAGUUCUCGGUGGACAACAACGGGGAGCUGGAGAUCAAGUUCAAGGCGCCCAAGGCCGUCAAGGUAAGAGUGAACUAUUUAUCCUGGUUAAUUACUUUAUUUAAAGCUGUGUUUGCAUGUCCAGUUCUGCUUUCGAUGAUGUGACGUUGUAAGGUCUGCCAACCAUUGAAAUAUUUCAGAAGAAUAACAUUUGUUUAGUAAAAUUAUUGAUGGAUCAAAAGAUUAUUUCAAAGCGGCCCGUUACUAUACACAGUAAAAUGUCGAUAUUACAUUUUAAAGUAAGGAAAAUACCACAGUUUUUUUUUUUUGUAAGGAAUAGGUAGGCUGCAAAAAGCUCCAAGUAAACGCGUCUCUUUUAAUUUCUCUACUAUUUCGUUUUUAAAAACGUACACUACGAUUUAAAAUUUCUAAAAAAAACAUACCCAGGUAAUAUUUUGUCACUUUAUAGUGUGUUAUAGGAUACUUAAUUUUUCAUGGGUGAUUUUUACAAUCGGUCAAUGUAUUCAUACAGGUAGGAUGCUACAAACAGACCAUUUUUUUUUCUUUGAGACGCACCUUUGGUUUCAAUGCGAUUUUUAAAAAAAAAUCCGCUUUACGUAGUAGGUUUACGGUACAUUAAAAUGGGCAUAUGUCAUGUUCCAAUAAUGUUGUAGCUUUUUUCGACAUAAACACGUCUAUCAAAAUGUAACAACGCCUACAACUUUGCAUCACGCUGAAGUAGGCCACACAGAAGUGAGAUUUGUGGAGGGGGGUGGUCGAAUCAUAAGUUAAAUGGUGUUGUUUUCCCCAUUAAAUUUGAAAAUGUUUUAUGAACAGAAAAAAAAAGAGUUGUAAAAUACAUUACCGAACAUGGAACAUCAUAUAUGGUUUUAGUCAUACUCUUGGGCCCACGGGCUUUCAUUAGCGACCAUGUUACAUCAUAUAUGUUUUUUUAGUCAUACUCUUGGGCCCACGGGCUUUCAUUAGCGACCAUGUUACAUCAUUAUAUGGUUUUUAGUCAUACUCUUGGGCCCACGGGCUUAAAAAAGCGCCUUAAAAAAUGUAAGCUGGAAAUAAAGGGGGGGGGGGGGGGAACUGGUUACAGAAAUAAAUGGAGAAAAAAAAGUUUAUUGGUGUUUCAACUAAUUCUCAAUGACUGCCCGAACGGAUGAAAUAGACAAGGAAUGAAGUACCGUUGAACAGACAGCCAGCCCCAGACACUAAUAGAUUUCCUCUACCUGUACUCGGUUCUCAAAGUGCGGGAUUCCUUCCUUCGCUUCCAACCGGUGUUUGUGUUAAUACGAAUACCAACAGACGGGUGGGGGGGGGGGUGGGGGAAGGAGGGGGGAUAAAAAAAUGCUUCUAACUAACGAAGAAGGCACACAAAAAAAGAAAAGAAAAGCCAUCUUUGUGAAAUGAGCUCAGCUCAGGAUAAGAAACAUGAGAAAUUUCCCUGAAGGCAGACGCAGAGAAAAUAACAAACGCUAUAGAGCAGGGGCGUCUAUCACCACCACCCCCCCCCCCAAUCCGAGGAGUGGAAGCGAAACUCGCCACAUAUCCCCUGGACCUUGUUCAAUUCUGGCAUUUCUGCGUGGUAUUUAAUUCGAGAGUUCACCAUGAAUAUGAGUUAUAACAAAAAUGUAGAGUUUAAAAAAUUUUUUAGAAAAUUUAAUCAAAACAAAAUAUCUAAUUAUUUUAAUUAAAAAUCUAAGAAUUUGAGUAAGCAUGUAAUUUUUUAUUUUUUGUUUAAUUCUUAUGCUACAAUAAUCAGUCUCCUAAGCGUAGCGUAAUGCUCAUGCGGUCAUACUUCGUGUCUAUCAAAAUUUUGGAUUAAGAUUCAAUCACGCAGCUAAGCCACUGUCUUUAAAUGAGCAUUUUUUUAUAUUUUCCUUGACCAUAUAAAUGUUAUCUGGAGAAAUUAAAAACCCUAACUCAGACUGAAAGGAACUGCUUCAUUGCCCCCCCCCCUGCCCCGUGGAGACGCCCCUACUUAAGGGAACACCCCCAAAACAUUACAAGAGUCAAAUAAAAUGACAUUGAUUUAUGUCAUGCUUACCAAAGUGUACCUUAUUUUUUUUGUUUUACGGGGUGAUUGAAGCCACGCAAGCGAUUCAUAUCGUGAAUCAGGACGCGUGAAUCUUUCUUGGAAUACCAAUAGACCUCUGUGUCAGCCCAAAUUUACACCACGCGGUAUUGUCACCCAUUAAACGUGUAUAGACAAAUUUAAGAAAUGGAUUCGGUAGAAGUGAGACCUGACCCAUAGAAGUAGAACUACACACAUUGAAAUAACGUAAUUACAAAGAGUAAAUAAGUACACUUUAAAAGGCAGUGACGCGUAAACUGCCAAUGCACCACACAAUCUUUAAAGAAGGGUUUUAACGGUAUUUUCUUGCAUACAUUUUUGGGGUUACAAAAUGAGGGAUCCCUUCAUCUAAAGUCACCCAUCCCAAGGUUAAUGUUGGCUGUAAUGUGGCUUAGAGCAAUCAUUGAAAAAUUAGCUUCAUUUAACCACGAUUGUAUCUAUCGCUACCCUUGUCUUGACCCUUAUCGUCCUCAGGUGACGACCAACCUCAUCAACACCAAGACGGACAAGGAAGUCUCCGAGUACGUCUUCACGCAAACCAAGGACAAGGAGCUUCACUUCGUCCUGGUCUUCCCGGAGGCGGCCUACUACAAGUUCCAGAUCUUCGCCCUCGAGGCCUCGGACGAGAGCAAGUCGCUGCCCAACGUCUACAACUACCUGAUCAACGUCAAGGACGCCAUCAAGGCCGCGUACCCGUUCCCCAAGCAGUACGCCCAGUGGAAGGACGGCUGCUACCUCUACUCCCCGCUGGUGCUCAACGCCAAGACCAGCCUCGCCAAGGUCGAGUUCAAGGUCUACGUCCCCAACGCCAAGGCGCUGGCCAUCGUCGCCGCCGGGGAGUGGUUCCACCUGACCAAGAAAGGGGAGAACUGGGAGGGCACCGCCGCCCUCAGCAAGCACCGGGGCAAGGACGUGAAAGUGACCCUGAACGCCAACUACGGCGGCGACGAGACAAAGUACGCCACGCUACUAGAGUACAUCAUCUAGUCUCGAAACCAUCUCUCUACCAAUCCUCCCAUCAUUUUUUUUCCGCCGAAUCAGCAAGAUAUCUGAGAUCAACAAGAAGCAAAUGGGACUUUGUAUAUUACGUGCUCAUUUAACACACACUUUGUUUUUGUGUAUACGUUUUUUCUACUAUUAAAAAAAAAACAGGAAUCUGAGCCAGGAGCGAUUGAAUUGUAUGGGGACUUGUAUCAUUUGUGAUCUUGGACGGGCGUAGUCCUAAUUUUGUUUUCGGUUUUUAAUUAUUUUUUUCUGUCUGGCCUGAUUCUACGAAACCCGUGAGGUUCUUUUUCUUUUUUUUUUCAAGUGAGUAUAAGACAUUAAACCUUGUUUUUAUUUUUUGUUUUUUUUUUCCCUUUGCUUUUCUAGUCUCGGCUUUGACGUUUGAACUAAAUGGUAAAAAAAAAAAAAACAAAGUGGAUACGAACACGUAACAGAGAGAAAGGAUUUUUGUGAAACAGAAAUUACGAAAAGUUGCCUUACUUUCAUGUCAGUCUAUUUUGUUGUCUUGCGUUAAAGAAAACUUGGACUGAGUGAUAAUGGGAUGCUGUGCCUUUCUUUUUUUAAGUUAUGAUUGAAUGACGUGUUAUUUUGGCGCGGGGAGCUACACAUCUUUUCGGAUGUUUCCAUGGUUGUGUGUUUGUUCUUUUGGUCAACUGCUGUGUUCAAUAUAAUAAUACUGUGCUGCUAGAAAAAUAAAUGUGCUUUACUCACUU